GCGGGCACUGGGCAGCCCCCACCCCCACCCCCGGGACGGGGCUGGCGCCGGAAACGGGCGCCGGGGGCCGCCGUGCCGCCGUGUGGGAGAAUGUGUGUGACCUUGUGGGACGGCGUGUGUGGCCGUGCGAGGCCUCGUGCAGCGCCGCGAGACCGUGUGACAGCGUGGGACGGUGCGGGAGGAACCUGGGAGGGUGCAGGGGCCUGUGACCGCGUCUGCGAGGCUGUCGUCGUGUGUGGGCGGUGUGAGGGGCGUGCGACUGCGGGCGGGGCGUCCUGAUCCCCAGACCCGGGAUUCUUCAGGGACUCACUUUCCGAGGCAGACUCAGAAGUUGGGAUGGCUGUUCGCACGGCAGCCGCUCCCGCCCCUUUCCUCUCCCUGAGAAUCCAGGUGGACUUCCAGGCAGAGUUUCUUAACCAGGAACAGAUCCGGCCUGUCCUAACUCUGGACAUGGGCCCCUCUGGUUCUCCAAGGCAUGCGCUCUGUGUCUUUUUCUCCUGUCCUUGCAAAAAGGCUAGGGACAAGCGCCCUGUCAGCAUCACCGCCUGGUGAAGACUAACAAGCAGACUUGGUCUCCACUUUGGUUACUUGCAUAUUACCAUGACACCUCAGUGACACAUAGAUCUGCUUCCGCGGUGGGGAGAGAAACGGAAGGAGAAGGAAAGGAGCUUCGGAGGCUCGUGAUGCUGGGAGCUGCAGGAAAGGCCUGGUGUUUUGUGGUUUGUCCCCUCUCCCAGCUGUUUCUCAGGAUUCUUCCCUUCUCCACAGAGGAGCCUGAAGAAGCAGGACCGAAGACCUGUCAUACAUUCUUAGUCUUAAAGCCAUGUCCAAGGAUUUGGUGACAUUUGGGGAUGUGGCUGUAAACUUUACUCAAGAGGAAUGGGAGUGGCUGAACCCCGCUCAGCGGAACUUGUACAGGAAGGUGAUGUUGGAGAACUACAGGAGCCUAGCGUCACUAGGAGUUUCUGCUAAGCCAGAUGUGAUCUCAUUAUUGGAGCAAGGAAAAGAACCCUGGAUGGUGAAGGAGGGAACAAGAGGCACAUGCCCUGAUUGGGAGUAUGUAUUUGAAAGCAGUGAAUUUUCAUCAAAUCAAGAUAUUUUUGAAGAAUCAUCCAAACUAAUGACAACGGGAAGAAGCCAUCUUGGUCAUAGCCUUGACUGCCGCAGUUUGAAAGAAGACUCUGAAAGUUUGGACUGGUGUAAAAAACAUUUGGGAAGUCAGGAGCCACAUUCUAGUCAAUUGAUCAUCGAUGAUAAAGAAAUCCUCUCUGAAGAUCAAAGUAAUAAGUAUAAUAAACCUUGGCAAACAUUCCAUCAGGUUGCAAUACUAGAUAUACAACAGAAUUUUCCCACCAAGGAAACAGUACAUAAGCAUGUGCCACAAAAAAGAAGUUACCGAAAAAAAUCUGUUGAAAUGAAACACAAGAAAGCCUAUGUAGAAAAGAAACUUUUGAAAUGUAAUGAAUGUGAGAAAGUCUUCAACCAGAGUUCAUCCCUUACUCUUCAUCAGAGAAUCCAUACUGGAGAGAAACCCUAUGCAUGUGUUGAAUGUGGGAAAACCUUCAGCCAGAGUGCAAACCUAGCUCAACAUAAAAGAAUACACACUGGGGAGAAACCCUAUGAAUGUAAAGAAUGUAGGAAAGCCUUCAGCCAGAAUGCACACCUUGCCCAACACCAGAGAGUUCACACUGGAGAGAAACCUUAUCAGUGUAAAGAAUGUCAAAAAGCCUUCAGCCAGAUUGCACACCUGACUCAACAUCAGAGAGUUCAUACUGGAGAGAGACCUUUUGAAUGUAUUGAAUGUGGGAAAGCCUUUAGUAAUGGUUCAUUUCUCGCUCAGCAUCAGAGAAUUCACACAGGGGAGAAACCUUACGUAUGUAACGUGUGCGCAAAAGCCUUUAGCCAUCGUGGGUACCUAAUUGUACAUCAGAGAAUUCAUACUGGAGAGAGACCCUAUGAGUGUAAGGAGUGCAGGAAAGCCUUCAGCCAAUACGCACAUCUUGCACAACAUCAGAGAGUUCACACUGGAGAAAAACCCUAUGAAUGUAAAGUGUGUAGGAAAGCCUUCAGCCAGAUUGCAUACCUUGAUCAACACCAAAGGGUUCAUACUGGAGAGAAACCCUAUGAAUGCAUUGAAUGUGGGAAGGCCUUUAGCAAUAGUUCAUCACUUGCGCAACACCAGAGAAGUCACACUGGAGAAAAGCCCUAUAUGUGCAAGGAAUGUAGAAAAACGUUUAGCCAAAAUGCAGGCCUUGCUCAGCAUCAAAGAAUUCAUACGGGAGAGAAACCUUAUGAAUGUAACAUCUGUGGGAAAGCCUUUAGCUAUAGUGGAUCUCUGACCUUACAUCAGAGAAUUCAUACUGGAGAGAGGCCCUAUGAAUGUAAAGACUGCAGGAAAUCCUUCAGGCAGCGUGCACACCUCGCUCACCACGAGAGAAUUCAUACUAUGGAGUCGUUCUUGACUCUUUCCUCACCUGCCACAUCCAAUCAGUUACCAAGACCUGUAGGUUUUAUCUCUUAAAUCUGUUAAGAAUCUGACCCCUUUAAUCCAUUUCCACUUUAUCAUCCUAGUCUAAUACAUAUUAAUCUGUUUGAUAUAGAAUAUGGAAAUAACAUUCUACUUGGUCUCUGUACUUUCACAAUUCUUUGUCAGUUGUCCACAUUGCAUCAAACCUAUAUUUUUAAAAAGUAAUUCUGAUCAUAUCAUUUCCCUUUUAUUAAAAUCCCUCAGUGGCAUCCCUUAGUUGUAGGUUAAAGCAUACAUUCCUCAAAAUAGCUAAAAGAUCCCCAACGUCCUCCAAUACCUUUUUGUUGGACUACCUUCUAAAUCCCUUUUUCAAGUAAAUAUCCAUCUUGUUUUCAGGAUACUCAUCCAAAAUUAAGAACUUAUUCCAACAUCAAAUAGAUGUUGGUUCCAAUCCUUCCUCUUCCAUUUUGUAGCCCUCUAAUUAGGGGGUCCAUUUUGUUCUUUUAAACUUCAAUCCUCUUACUUAUAUUAUGGAAAUAAUAAUGGUACUACCUCAAAAGUUAGUGGGAAAGGUAAAUAAUGCAUGUAAACUCAGCAGAGUGCCUAGCAUAAAAUAAUAAAUAUUAAUGUAAAGAAAAAGAUACCAUGUAUAAAAAGAAGAGUUGAUAUCUCAUUCCCUCACCUGAGAAAUAAGAAGCAAGUUAGGGUCGGGAAGGUAGGAAGUUUUUUUUUUUUUUUUUUUUUAUCGCUAAGGAAAGAAAUUGCGAGGAGUUUUGAUAAGGAACAGCAGUAACUCUUCUGCAGACAGUGAUGAGGAUAUCUGAUAUAGUACUGAUACUAGUUUCCAUGAUGAUAUGGGUUAGAUGGUGGCUUCUAUUUCAAAAUGAAUAUAGAUACUCUGACUUCAUUGACAAGAAAAGCAACCUCAUUAGAUAUUCAACAAUGUGAAGAAGCGAGACUUUCUUUUAGAACAGGCAGAGUUAACGGAGAUGUAUUCACUAUUCACAUGUAAACAAAGGCAAAACAGAAAUUUGAAAACUUGAAAAGGCAAAUAGCCAAUGAAGAAUUUAAAAUGAAGUGUACGUUUGACCCCCUUUCCUAGUUCCAGUUGGAAAAACUGUAUCAAACAUUUAAAUUAGAAGUUUCCAAGGUUCCAUAGCUACAGGAGAAAAGAAAGUGAAACGUUAGGCUAGUACUCAUAAACUGCUGCUCAGACACGUUUGAUUUGGUAUGUGUUGAGUUUGAAAUGGACAGGAAUACCUUUGGGAGAGCAUUUGUUUUCCAGUUCUCCAAAGUUCAAACCAUUACAUGUUUCUUUCUAUCUAGUGUGCUUUAUUCUUUAUUUGUAUUACUUUCUAACUCCUGACGGCUUUGAGUAUGCAAUCAAUACAGUAACCAGUUCAUAUAUGAAUACAGAUACAAGGAAAAUGAUGAAAGUUUAAUGAAGGAUGAAAAUGAGGACUUGAAUAGAUACUUUGCUCUUCUCUGUGGGAAGACUUACUGUUACACAGAUGUUAGGAGCUCACAAAUUAACCUGCAGAUUCUUUGGACCUAACAAAAUCCCAAAAAAUGUUUCAAAGUUUGAAACAUUGCAUGUGAACAAUACACACACAUUCAUACAGAUAUACACAUAAAACACGGAAUAAAAGUGACUUCACAUGAUUCUGUUCUGUAUACAAAACAAGCCUUUUCUGUACUUUAAAGUUGAUGUACCUAAAUGUGGAAAGGAAAACUUAGAGAAUACUGACAUUUUAUAGUGAUGGAUAAGAACAGUCUUAAAAAUGGCAUGAGAUCUAGAAGCCUCCUCCUCUCCUCUCAUACACAAAGAUUCAUAGGUUAAUUGCAUAAGAAACAUUUUUUAAUGUUCAAAGAGUUACAAGAUUCUUUUAAGCUUCAGAAUGGGAGAAAAUCAUUACAACACAUAACCUAUAAAAUUCACAUCCUCAACAUAAAAGUGCUCCUACAAAUCAAUUAUAAAGUGACAGCUUCUGACCCCUAUGGGCAAAAUACAUAAACGGGCAAUGUGUGACUUAUGAACUAGGAUCAAGAAAAAAAAAAAAAAACAAUAAGAUAGCCAUUUUCCAGUAUACUGCUACAUUUUCAUUGUGAAAGCAUAGAUGUGGGAAAGUAUGAGUUUGUGUAAAUUUUCUGGUUGGCAAUCUGACAAAAUUUUCAUUGGGAAAACUAGGCACACAACUUCUCCCCAGAUCCCAUUCAUAGGCAUGUGAAAGGUACCAAACAAAAGGAUAGAAGGGUAAGGGGUCAUCAGUUGAUGAGAGAGUUAAAUGUUGUAAAAGACUAAAGGAAACUAGAGUUCAUUGACAAAGUACAAAUGGCUAAAAACAAACACCUGCUUAACCUCCCCUCAACUUCAGUGUUUAAAAGGUUAACCUUAGUAUCAAGGGAAGCUUAACAGUAUUUAGAGAAACAAACAGUGUAAUGUCAAAUAUUGGCAGUGACGCAGGGAAAUGAUUACUAACAUCGCAGCUACUGAUGAGGCAGAGAGGUUUUUUGUUUUUGUUUUUGUUUUUUUGCUUUGUUUUGUUUUGUUUUAGAGACAAAGUGGGUGAGAGACUGAGAGACAUAGGGAGAAAGGUCUUCCUUUUCCGUUGGUUCACCCCACAAUGGCCGCUGUGGCUGGCGCACUGCAGCCGGCGCAUCGCGCUGAUCAGAAGCCAGGAGCCAGGUGCUUCUCCUGGUCUCCCAUGCAGGUGCAGGGCCCAAGCACUUGGGCCAUCCUCCACUGCCUUCCUGGGCCACAGCAGAGAGCUGGACUGGAAGAGGAGCAACCGGGACAGAAUCCGGCACCCCAACCGGGACUAGCUGGCUCGGAAGAGGAGCAGCAGGGACUACAACCAUAUGCCCAUAUAGCAUUUAUGCAAAUGCUCAGAUUUUUUAACAUGUUAAAUGUUUCUUCUGGAGAGGGAACUGGGAUUGGCUGCUAAGUCAAAGGGAGACCUAAUGUAUCUAUACUGUCUAAAGUCUAAACCAAGAAAAUGAUAAUGUAAGUUAAAAUUGUUUAAGAUAUGAAAACAAAUUGAACUUGUGGAGAACUAGGUCAGCUAAAGUGAAGACCUGGCUGCCUAAAUUAAAGCCUUCUUUUUGGAAUUUGGAGGACCCUCUCAGGUAUUUGCAAAUCCUAGAUACUGGUGAAUUUUCCCACUCUGAGAAACACCUACAGUGAGAGUAUCCAAAGAAUUCCCCAUCAUUUACCUAAUUAAACCAUGUCAUGUGAUUAAGAUGAAUAAGUCUCAAGAUAUAACUAAAUAUAGAGUGGGAGAAAUCAUGUUACAACAGAAGAAAAUGAAAAUUUUAUCAAUCUGAUAUUUGAAUACAUGUUCCAUUUGUAAAACAAUGAGAAACUAUCUUUUUUAAAGGGAAAAACUAGGUAACAGAACUAAGUUUUGAAAAAAUACAUUGCUGUGGUUUGAAAGAAAUUUAAGGGAAAAUUUCAAGUAUAUAAGAACAAAAGAAAAUGACAGACAAAAAGGGACAGGAGAAUUCAUAAGGUCCAACAUCUAUUUUCUGGAAAUAGAAAAUGCAAGGGUGUAUCAAAUAAAUGAUUAAGACCCUUUCUAAACUGAAGAACGUAUGAACGGUCAGCUUGGAAUAUAACUCAAUGUUUGGACAGGAUGGAUUGGGAAAACCACAACAGGUAUAUAUAUAUA